GGAGGCUGGAGACAUCGGGUCCUUUCUCCGCAAACCUGCGGCGGCUGCUCCAGCUAAAAACCUGCUUGACCCACAGAUCUUUUCCAAAGAGAAGUUCUGCCCCCCAGCCAGGGCCCUGCCCCGAGGCGGGAAGGGAGGUGUAAGGACAGCAGGACCCUCAACUGGCCCACCUCUCUCCUGCCCAGGCCCGGCUAUGUGCCCAGCGAGGAGAGCCGGCUCCUUGUUCUCACCGAGCUUCUGGAGAGAAAGGCCCACUCCCCGUUCUACCAGGAAGGUGUGAGCAACGCGCUGCUGAAGAUGGCCGAGCUGGGGCUGACCCAGGCGGCCGAUGUUCUCCUGCGAAACGGGGCCAACCUCAACUUUGAAGACCCGGUCACCUACUACACGGCCCUGCACAUCGCUGUCCUGCGAAACCAGCCUGACAUGGUGGAGCUGCUGGUGCGCCACGGGGCCGACAUUAACCGGAGGGACCGGAUCCACGAGAGCAGCCCCCUGGACCUGGCCAGCGAGGAGCCGGAGCGCCUGCCCUGCCUGCAGCGCCUCCUGGACCUUGGGGCAGACGUUAAUGCAGCCGACAAGCAUGGGAAGACUGCUCUGCUCCACGCUCUGGCCAGCAGCGACGGCGUGCAGAUCCACAACACCGAGAACAUCCGGCUGCUGCUGGAGGGAGGGGCAGACGUGAAGGCGACCACCAAAGACGGGGACACCGUGUUCACCUGCAUCAUCUUCCUGCUCGGGGAGACGGUGGGAGGGGACAAAGAGGAGGCCCAGAUGAUCAACCGCUUCUGCUUCCAAGUCACGCAGCUGCUGCUGGCUCACGGCGCCGACCCCAGCGAGUGCCCCGCCCACGAGUCGCUCACGCACUUCUGCCUCAAGAGCUUCCAAGUACACUUCCCUCUCCUGCGCUUCCUGCUCGAGUCCGGAGCCGCCUAUAACUGUUCCCUCCACGGAGCGUCCUGCUGGUCUGGCUUCCACGUGGUCUUCGACAGGCUCUGCUCCCACCCAGGCUGCGCCGAAGACGAGAGCCAUGUGGACCUCCUGCGCAAAGCCGAGACCGUCCUGGAUCUCAUGGUGACUAAUUCCCCCAAACUGCAGCUGCCGGGAAACUUCGACAUCCAUCCCGUGGGCAGCCUGGCAGAAAAGAUCCGGGCCCUUCACUCCUCCCUGAGGCAGCUGGAGAGCCACCCCCCGCCCCUCAAGCACCUGUGUCGAGUUCACAUCCGGCACUACCUUCAGCCGUGGCCCGUGGAUGCGAAGGUCCAAGCCCUGCCUCUGCCCGACAGGCUGAAGUGGUACCUCCUCAGUGAGCACAGCAGCCCCGUGGAGGCUGACAUCUGACCGCUCCAGACCGAAGGGACGGUCUGGGCCCCUCAGCCAGCCCGCUGGUGGACUAAAGUCCCGGCGGCCUCGGGGGAACCUUCGGUCCCGCCUGUGAGAAGGCGCAGGCUGCCCGUCGGAAGGUGUAGGCUGGUACGGGAGAGCCGGCAGCUGCGGUCAUUCCUGUGGGAAAGGCUGUGUCUUCAGGGAGACGGCCCCCAUCCCUUUGACAGUGACCCAGUUCUCAACCCACAUGGGAGAAAAUGACAGGGCUUUGAUUUGGGACAGGCGUGAAAGGACUGGUGGGCAUUCCUGCGCGCAGACUCCUGUGAGCGGCAUGGACAGAGCUGAAGCCAGAAGGAACUGGGUGGGCCUUUGUGGGUGCGGCCCAGGCAAGGCCCUUUACUCCACAGAAGGGCUUUGGUGGGCGGGGAGAGCGGAGCUGCUUCCUGCUGGUGUCGCCGCCCCGCCCACCAGGGCACAGGGCUGUGCCAAACCCAGGUCUUGGGGACCAUGCCUUCUGCUAAAAAGCAAUCAUGCAUGACCGGGGACAUUCCAAAAUGUCUCACCCGAGGACGAAAGCUACCAGGACAGAAGGCUGACUCCUGCCUGGUGCUGAGCCUCACAAAACUGUCACGAUGGUCCUUGAAUUGUGUAAAUGCCUCAGAUAUAAGCUAAGGCAACUAAAAGCAUAUUUAUAUUACCCAA